AUGCUGAAGUUCAUGCGGUUGCUGAUAGGAGGCCACACCAACUUCACCUUCAUGGCAGAGCAGCAGGCAGUACUGUUCCAUUCCCUUUUUGUAUCACCCUCAGACCUCAUUGCUGGCCAGUCACACACCCCUCCCCGCCAGGUGAACGGGGUCCUGGGAGGUUCGGUGGCCCUGUCUGUGAAUAUUGGUCCACAGGCCAAACUGAAGGAGAUUGAGUGGAGCUACCGGGCUGGAUCUGGCCCAGCGCUGCUGGUGGCUUUGUUUCGGGAUGGGAAAUUCGAACGGCCUGAUCCUGGUGACCGGUUUAAGCAGAGGAUAGAAAUGUACAAUGAGACGCUCAGGAUCAAGGCAUUGGAGCUGAAUGACAGUGGUGUCUUUGGGGCCCGAGUGAAAUUAUUCCCAGCUAUUGUUGAGGACCAGCUCUUCCGCCUCAUGGUCUAUGAACCUGUCUCUACUCCGCGGAUACAGAGCCAGCUGGUUUCCAGCACGUCCAAGGGGUGCAAUGUGACCCUCCAGUGUCUCUCUCCUGGAAAGGAGCAGGUCAACGUCACUUGGAGGAAAGGAAACCCGAUCCGGGAUCUGGGGAACUCCGACAGAUACCAGAUCUCCCCCGAUGGCAAGACUCUCCGCCUCUCGCUGCUGCCUGCCUCCCUGAACACCACCUAUUCCUGCACAGCCAGCAACCCAAUCGAGCACAAGAUCGUGUCCUUUGACUUGCAAAGGAUCUGCCAGAGUGGAGCUGAGGCGUCUUUCUCCAAGUCAGGCUAUGUUGUCCUGACCUUCAUCCUGCUGGUGCUGAGUCUUGGGGCUGCCUUCUGGUGCUGGAGGAUCAAUAAUGAAAAAUCGGCAGAAGCUGUUACCAUUCCAACUGUGCAAGUGGAGGAGAGCCCUUCUGACCCCCAGUAUGCAGAGAUCCUUCGGAGGAGCCCUCCAGAAGGUCUCCGGGAAAAUAAUGCGGAGAGAAGCCCCCAGAAAGAACGGCUUGUCACGACUAUUUACGACCAGAUCCGAAGGACCCCAGACAAUUCUUCUGAAGAAGUCACAUAG